AGAGACAGGUAGCGGCCGCACAUUCCUGCUGUUAGGCCCAGUGGAGUGCGAGCAAGCACCACUCGCGGCUGUUAUUUAUCUUUCCCUCUCGAUGGAGCCGUGUGACCAAUUUUGCUAGAGCGACGCUAACCAAAACCGAAGUCAUGUCCAGCGAAGAAGACCUGGCUGGAGGGUUGAGCGACCUCGACGACGAUUUAGACGAGGAAAAUGAUUUUGACGCCGAGGACCAACACAUUUUCCAACAGCAAGUUAAAGAGUUACAAUGCGCAGUUGUGGAAAUGAAAGGGGCCUUCGAGGCCGCCCUGGAGAAGUUGUCGCUGAUCGAUGACCACCGAAAAGACACUUCUAGUCCCACCGAGCCGAAGGACGACGGACAGCUAGCCGAGGCUCUUCGCUUGCUCAUAACAUACAAAAAUGAGCUAGACACGACGCAAGCUACGGUCCGCGCCCUGCAGGGUCAGGUCGACUCCUUGGAAAUGACUGUUCGGACCCUGAGCGAGGAACGGGACACUUUGACGCACGAACUACUCCUCAGUGGAGCUUUACCGGCAAGAUUUCGAACCAACGGUUCAAGCGACGCACCGUCCAGCGACUCCGGGGUCGCUCUUCUUCUCGAAAGAGCCAACGCAGCCUUUAAUUCAGCCCAGUCGAACGCGCAGGUCUCCAACCUCGUCCACGAUUACGUCGCCACUCUAACAGAUUCUCCAGACGAUGACUCGGAAUGCUCUCUUUCUCUGGCAGCGGCAAAAAGCUUGAGUUUAUGUACUUCGUUGGGCCAACAGUGCGGCCUGCAGCUCCUGGAAAUGGACAGCACCUUUGUUACCCAGAGGCUACAAGUUGCCAAAGAACUCUUGGCCCUCGAGCAGGACUACUGUAGCACACUGCAGACGAUGCAGGAAGCGUUCGCACAACCGCUCAAGGCGAGCGGCAUUGUCCAGCAAACUGAACUCAACACGCUAUUCCCUGAGGAGGUUUGGCAGCUGCGGACAGAGCACAGUGCACUUCUAACCUCACUGAAAGCCAGGGUGAGCACCUGGGACCAACAUUCCCAACUGGGGGACCUGCUUCAAAAGCUCCUGGCGGACCCCAACGGCUCUGACGUUCUGAGGCUGUACACCAGCUACGCCAACGCCUUUCCAGAGGUUGUGCAGACAUUCCAUCGACUUUGCAAAGCCUCGCCUGCCUUCACCAGGUUCCUAAAAUCUUGCCUUCAACGACCGGCGUGCACGGGGCUCGACCUGGGCGCCCUUUUGCUGACCCCGGUGCAGCACAUGCCGCGCUACGUGCUUCUGCUGCGCCAAUUCCUGCAAGCCACGCCGCAGGCCUCGCCGGAGCACGCGGCUAUUUCCACUUGCCUGCGCAGACUGAAAGACUUUUUGGCCCGACUUAAUGACUCGAUGGAACACUCGUUCCAGUUGGUCGCCUCCCAGGUUGAGGCGCCAAAACCUCAGCCAAGCAGAGGAGGGUGCAAACUCACCAGGAUGAGAAGCAAGGACUCGAAUGUGUCUUCAAGAAAAAGCCGGCCCAGCAGAUCCUCCUCCGAGUGGGCCUUGACCAAACAGCAUCGGAGUCACUCCAGCGAGAGCGAGCUUAGCUCAGAGGAGUGUGCAAGUCCCGCUAGCAGAUUUUGCUCGACCAAGAGUGAACCGAGUCUGCUGUCCCCAGGCAAACAGGCGGUGGUCGUUCCAAACACAGGUGCCUCUUCAGUCGUGGUAACAGCCACGCCGAGCAAGUAUGUAACCUUGUUUGACUCUUCGAACAAGCAGAAGAAGAAGUCGUUCUCCCUCAAGAACUUGCUAACCUUCCGCAAGAGGUGCGUGUCCACUAAAGACGUCUCCAAACUUCAGGCGGACAGUCUCAAGGGUUUGGUACAGCAAAUUGGCCGCAUGCCUGGUUACAUUGAGCUUGUUGUGUACUGUCUGAGAGAGACCGCAGUCUAAAAACCACAGCACGCAUUUUUCCAAAACACAAUUUGCCUUUACUGCAGCUUCAUUACUAUUCAAUCGACUGUCGGCAGAUACUCAUGUCUCAACAUUUUUCACUACUUGUCGCAUUUCACUUUAAUCCUGGAACGAUUUUUGGAAGAUGAUAAAUUAGAUGUCUGCGGUUCUUUGUCCUUCUCGAUAUCUGUUCACUGGGGUUUUCAAAUAGUUCUGUGAUUGUUACUUUCUUGCCAAAAAUUCUUUUGAUUUAGCAUGCUGAACAUAUCAAUAGGAUGAAUGUGUAAAAAUUGCUUUAAUUCGGAACUUUUUCAAUGCGUUCUUGAUUUGGCAUCAAGAAAGGUUUUUGAUUAGCUCCCCAAUGUUUCCAACAUUUGUUGUGUUUCUACAUUUAUAAAUAUAUCUAGAUUUUUCUACGAAGAUUAUCAAUUUUUUAUUUUCUGUAGUGUCUGACAUUGCAAUAAAAUUGAAAUGGGCUGUUGUUAACAUUAAUCUGCCUAUUGUGUAAAUACAACAAUUAAAUACUAUAUUCUUAAUUAAUCUAAA